AUGUGUCUGUUCAUAGGAGAACAAAAUCAGCAUAAAACCUUGGAGCUCAAAGAUGAAACUGCGGUAAAUCCAAAUAAACAACAACUCGCUAAUGAGCAAGCAAAAACCGCAUACACAUGUUCCAAUGGCUGUUACUCUGAUGAUGAUGAUGAUGAUGAUGAUGAUGGCGAUGAUUUAAUUGUGGAUUUCAACACAGGUUCACUGCAGGCAGUAUCUGUUAGGAAUUGGUCAUUAAUGAUGAACAUCACUCAAGGGCUCUCAGAGUUGUAA